AUGUCAACUGUGUUGGUCACCACUGGGGCUACAGUCACAUUCAAGAAGCUAAUCGAGACUGUUGUCAGUACUAAAUUUAUCAAUUCCUUGAUUGAUUUGGGCAUCUCAAAGCUAUUUAUUCAAUAUGGCAACGAAACUAAAGGGUCACAGCACAUCAGUCGUCAAUUCUUUGUCAAUCAAUUGGAAAAAAGCAGCAUUGUAAAGGACUUUCAUUUCACGUUGGAAAACAGGACUAAAGAUGACACAACUGUUCUAGCUAACGACGUCAUUGAAGUAACUGCAUUCCCCUUUUCGUCACACAUCCAAGAUUAUAUCAAACAGGCCGACAUUGUCAUAUCGCACGCAGGAACGGGUUCGAUAAUCGAUACACUACGUUAUCAAAAGAAGUUAAUCGUGGUGGUUAACACGCAGCUAAUGGAUAACCAUCAGGAAGAAAUUGCCAAUAAAUUCGCCAAGAUGAACUAUUGCGCCAAGUGUAAUUGUGAUGAUGAUUUCAAGCCUGUUUUGGAAAAGGCUUUAACGCAUGCAUUUGAAAAGUUUCCCGAGAGCGAUGGCACGAUUUUGGAGACGAUAGUUGCCGAGGAAUUGGGUUAG